CAGGGAGAUGGAGGGAGAGGGUCGGUCCCCGAGAUCUGGCCUGAUGAUAGAGACAGAACAGCUCCACAGAGCAUCCAACCACCAUGUACUAAUCCUCAUUGGCUCACCUAGAAUAUGGACUACCACACGACAUACUGAGGGAGACACUCGAAACAGCAAAACUGACAAAAAUUGGUGGAGGUGUGGUGUGCCGAUGUCUUUGGUCUCCCGCGUGACAUGAUGCUGGGAGUGGGCACUUUACUGCUCGGUGCAGCCGCUGUUGAUAGACAGGACAAGAAGGAAGGUGGAGUCUACAAGAAGUUGUUUGCUAGUCUCAACCUUGCCGUGGACUCGUUGCAAAGAAAGGAAGCGGCCGCAGCGGCUGGAAGGUCACUCAGAGCAGUGAGAAACCCUCGGCAGAGAGAAGAGGAGUCGGAACUGAAGUGUGUGUCUAGCAUCGGAAGUGGUGACUCUGCUGUGUCUAGUGACUCAGUUCUUCAGUCAGGUCACCACACACCAAGGUCUCCUACAACUGGUUUGCGUUGCCACUAGCAACCCUCGAGCAGGUGAUGUCAUCAACGAUGUAAUGUGGAAGGCACAAGCGAGAGGGGGUAGUGAGUGGGACGUGUACAACGAUGUCUCCACGUUCCUGGUGAACUCCUCCAGCGACGUCGUUCAGGGGAAGAGACGAAGGGGAAUCCCCUCAAGACGAGGUCGGCACGGCUCCGGAGUCUGUCGCACCACCUCUCAACUGCUCCCGUCCAUGCAGCGUGUCCGGUCUUCAGUCCAGACCAGGGCUCUCUCGGCCUGCCACGCGUCUUGUACAAACCCUAUUCGUUGCUGCAGACCUCUUCAGUCGUCGUCGGGUGUUCCGGGUCCUGUCGCCAGGGAUACGACCCCUGACCCCACCCGUCUUUGCUCAGGAGCAAGUUUCACGUCUGAACUGGAACUCCAGAACGUAAUGUCUGAACCAGAGCUGGACUCAGGGAGCGAGCCGAGCCACGUGGGACCUUCUCCUCCCAUGAGGAUCCAGAUCACCGACAGUCGACCUUCUUCAAGACUCAGCACCGAUGAGGCCCGAAUUGAACACCAGAAGAAAGUUCUGACAAAGCUCGCCUUCGCCGGUGGCCUCCACCCCUCCCCAAACUCCUCCCCCAUCACUCACCACACCUCCAUCGACAUCACCCUCCCUUCCCCUCAACUGCAAUUCUCCGAAAAAUGGGAGCACUCGAAAUCUCUCGUCUCGUGUCCGGCGCACUCGUCAGGGAAACAACACUCGUGUGAAGAAUCGUCCCCUUACCCACCUCGCCCUCCCUCCUCCCCUCGAUCCCCCUCUCCUCCUCCUCCAUACUCAAGAUCAAUCAUGGAAUUCCCUUACCUCAGCUCUGCAGUAAGCAGCAGGGAGCCACUGGAAUCAACAUCUAGUCUGGUCCACCAUGCCUGGAGUCCUGUCAGGUCCCUCCCCAGACCAAGACCGAGUCUCCUUAGCUCUGCUAGACUCAUGAACAGGAGAGAGACUAACAGUCGAUCAGCUUUUGUUCCUCGUCUCAAACAGAGAGCAACUUCAGCACCAGUUGGAUCUCAGCGCUCGGUGGUUGGGACCACCACAACCAUUGUCUUGAAACCAAAGACGUCGGCCAAAGUGUACCAUUCACAUCCAAAACACAUGAGUGUGUAUGCAGCAAACAACGCGAUGAGACCGUCGGCCAAACACCACUUUAACACAGGACACCCUUCUUACAAAGCUCCGGCCACCAGAUUACUGGGAGACCUGAGGACACUGCAUGUCGGUGGUGCAUCCAUCACGUUUUCCAACUGAACUCAAUACUGACUCUUCGAUACUGUAUCACAUGUAUCAUGUAUCUACUGUCUGUUUGUGUAACAGUGCACUGUGCACAAUAAAUAUAUCGUCUAUGAGGAUGUUGUUUUUUAUUCCGUACUGGCAGUGGUUGGUCUGCAUUCCACGUCAACAACCACGUGGUCCACGAACGGAGCGUAACUCUUAACUGUCACCACUCUCCCCACUCUCACAUCCCACCGCCACCCCUCCCCAAGGGGGUUCCCCUCCUUCAACAGACGUCCGACUCUGGCCACCACAUACUCCGCCCAAUGGGUCUUAGCCUUCUUCCUACGUAGCUCUGAAGACACUGCUCCCUCCUCUUUCUCUUUCUCCCUCCGUUCCACCUCUCCCUUACCCACUUCCCUCUUUUCCCCCACCUCCCACGGGUUCCGUUCCGUUCCAGUAAUCUGGUUCCCGUGUUUCCACGACACAUUCCCGUGAACGUGAAGCCAACCUCCUCUGUCACGGCGGAGAGCUGCACAUGCGGCGGCCCAGCCCCCCUCGCUGCUGGGGAUGAGUCCAAGGUUCACUCUGUCAGCCACACCAGCAGGACUCACUUCCCUACAGUCUCCUUGGUGUAUGACACACUGUUCUCUGACUCCAUUCAGAACCAGUCCCCUCCUCAGACCCUCCACCGCGACCGGGUUCCACUCGCAUGCGUGGACGGUACGGGCACGCCCGUGUACCAGGAAUGGCAGCGUAAAGUAUCCGAUGCCAGCGUACAUGUCGACCACCACCUCACCGCGACAAUCAAACUCUGCCACACGAAGUUUCUCCGUGAUAUUCCCAGAUGAAAACAUGAUCCUUGUCACGUCAAACACGUAUCUUACACCAUUAUCCAAAUGCUCCACCCAAGGGUCAGACCCUCUUAAUAAGACAGCUGACGACGAGCGAAAACCGUCUCUCGAUAUUUGCGAGUCUUGCACUAGUCUGUUGCACUCUAGAGCCUUUGCCACCGUGCCCCAAAAAUCGACGGCUCUGCGUUUCACCUCCUCCCAUUCUCCACUCGCGAAUGCUAGCUGUGGCAGUACGACUAAAUCCCGUGUCUCUCCCACGACAUAGGCACAUCUUUCAUCAGUU